AUGGCUGUACAGUCGAAACUGCUGCCGCCCGACCGCUCCGUCAAGCAGAUCCUCUCCAGCCUUACCUCCCUCUACCUUCGACAUCGAACAGGCAUCUCCCGCACGGUCUAUCUCGCCCUUUUCGCAGCACUCGCCAAGCGGAUUCACAAUGCGAUCUCCGAACAGAAAGCUGCCUCGCAGCACGUGGAGCUACGCCGCCGUCCCGGCACCAGCUCGCUCGGUGAUGAAGAACAACCCCGAAAGAAACGAGUGGAGAUCAACCGAGAGUUCUUCAAAAACCUGCUUCGCCUCUUGAAGAUUGUCAUUCCCGGAUGGCGGAGUAAGGAGCUGCGGCUUCUUGUGAGCCACAGCGUCUUCCUCGUGCUGCGGACUAUGCUGAGUUUGUAUGUGGCCGAGUUGGAUGGCCGACUGGUCAGCAGCCUGGUGCGGGGAAAGGGCAAGGACUUCUUGCUAGGACUGGUAUGGUGGAUGAUUGUCGCUGUGCCAGCGACAUUCACAAACUCUAUGCUAUCCUACCACCAAUGCAAGCUCGCCCUCAGCUACCGGAAACGAUUGACAGACUAUAUUCACGACAAGUACCUAUCAAACAUGACAUUCUACGCCAUCUCCGCCCUGGACGACCGGAUCAAGAACCCCGAUCAACUAGUCACGGUCGAUGUGUCGCGCUUCUCCGAUAGCCUGGCGGAACUCUACUCGAACCUCGCCAAACCGAUUCUCGACAUGUGUAUAUACAACUACUCCUUGUCCAAGAAUGUCGGAGGAGAAGGAUUGUUCAUUAUGAGCUUGCUAGUACAGCUGUCAGCAAAUGUGAUGCGCAUGCUGACACCGCCAUUUGGAAAAUACGUCGCAGACGAGGCUCGACUUGAAGGAGAAUUCCGGUUCCUCCACUCAAGAUUGAUCGAUUAUAGCGAAGAAGUCGCUCUGUAUCACGGCCAUGAGGCCGAGAAAGACACCCUGGAUAAGGGUUAUUUCACAUUAAUCAAGCAUGUGAAUCGCAUUCUGCGCCGGCGUUUGUAUCAUGGUUUCAUGGAAGACUUUGUGAUCAAGUAUUUCUGGGGUGCACUUGGCUUGGGUCUUUGCAGUUUGCCUGUCUUCUUCAAGAUUCCCGGUCAAGUUACUCAGACCAUGGGAGAUCGGACCGAAAGCUUCGUGACAAACCGGCGGAUGCUGUUGUCCUCAUCAGAUGCCUUUGGCCGUCUCAUGUUCUCCUACAAGGAGAUCUCUGAGCUAGCUGGUUACACUUCCCGCGUCUCAUCCCUCCUCGAAGUCAUGGAUGACCUGGUUGCUGGUCGUUUCGAGAAGAAGCUGGUAUCUUCAGCAUCGACCGAAGAGAACGCAGCCGUUCUCUCUGGUCGUGGCGAGGUCAUGGAGAGCAGUUCCAUCGAGUUCACCGAUGUUCCAAUCGUCUCUCCGAACGGCGAUGUCCUCGUGCGCAAGCUGUCGUUCACCGUUCAUCCCGGCGAUCAUCUUCUCAUCGUCGGACCGAACGGAUGCGGCAAGUCGUCCCUCUUCCGCAUUUUGGGCGGCCUCUGGCCAGUGUACGGAGGUACGGUCAAGAAACCCCGUUUUGAGGACAUCUUUUACAUUCCCCAACGACCCUAUCUGUCUCGUGGUACAUUGCGACAGCAGGUUAUUUACCCUGAUGGAGUACGUGAGAUGCGCGCCAAGGGGGUUACCGAUGCCGAUCUCCAUGAAAUCUUGUCUGUGGUUGAAAUCGCAUCUGUCGUCGACCGGCCUGGUGGCUGGGACGCUGAGGAGGAAUGGCGCGAUGUCUUGUCCGGCGGCCUGCAGCAGCGCAUUGCUAUGGCCCGUUUGUUCUACCACCGUCCCAAGUUUGCUAUUCUCGACGAGUGUACCUCCUCGGUGACACUCGAGAUUGAAAAGGUCAUGUAUGAGACAGCCAAGAAACUGGGAACCACUCUGAUGACGGUGUCACAUCGCCGCAGUCUGUGGAAGUAUCAUAAGAAGAUCCUGCAAUUUGACGGUCAAGGUGGUUAUGUCUUCACCGGGCUCGAUUGGGAACGGCGGAUGAAGUUGGAAGAUGAGAAGGAUGAACUUGAACUGCAACUGCGGGCUGUUCCUGAAUUGCAACGACGAGUUGAGGAGUUGACAGCAAUCUAG